CUGGUGCAAGCGGAGGGGGAGGAGGGAAGGAGGACGGUCCUGCUGUCAAGCACAGAUGAAAAUACAGCAGCAGAUUUGAGGAGGGCACCUAAUCGUAUUUCGUCCCUCCGUACAGGCACAGACGACGAACCGCGGAAGCGGGAACACGACACGGCAGAUGAAAUGCGUUCGCUUGAUAUCAAAGCUGGCGUGGUGCAGUCUUUGGAGCAGAUGUCCACCAUGGAAACUUCAGAAACCGUUUAGAAACAGUCGGGGAUUGUUAUUAUCACAACGGUGGGAUUUCUAACAAACUGUGAGUGUUUGACUAAACGGGCACAAACACGCCAGCAAUUUAGUCUUCGUGGGCGAGAUGCGUGUUUGUUUGAGCAACAGCUUGGAAAAUGUGCUGGACUCUAAAGAGAAAUGUUCCAGAGCUUAGACAGACCACAUGCGCCCUCUGAGUCAGACGCCCUGACAGAUACCUCUUCAGUUCCACCUCUUACAGUGAAGACAGAAUGCCGAUUAUCAGCAAUGCCAAUCACGACUUCAGCACCUACUCGACGAGCAGCGACGACAGUAGCCUCGACCGCUUCUUCACUGAGAUCCCCGAGACGGAGACAAUCAAGGGGGUGUACUUCCAGCGGGCCCAGCUACUACGUGAGCCCAAGGCCUCACAUGUGGUCGAUCACACCCUUCAAGUCCUCAUCAAUGUUGGGGGUAAUCGCUACACCUUCCCCUGGAGCACAUUGGAGCAAUUCCCCCAAAGUCGCCUGGGACGCCUGCGCUUCUGCACCACUCCCGAGGAGAUCGCACACCUCUGUGAUGACUAUGAUGAGACACGCAAGGAAUACUUCUUUGACCGCAACCCCACAGCUUUCCGGGUCAUCCUCAAUUUCCUCGCAGCGGGCAAAUUGCGUCUGCUCAGGGAAUUGUGCGCCGUAUCUCUGCAUGACGAGCUCGACUACUGGGGCGUCGACCCAGGUCACAUGGAGCGGUGCUGCCGUCGUCGCAUGAUCACCCGCGUGGAGGAGGUGGCCGAGCGAGAGCGCAAAGAAGAGGAAUGGAGACGGAAGAGGAUGAAGCUGAAGAAAAACACGGCAGAAGUGGAGCGAGGCCACUGCAAGCUGAUCUGGAUGCUGCGGGAAGUGGUGGAAAACCCUCACUCGGGUUUGGCAGGAAAGAUAUUUGCUUGCCUCUCUGUCAUUAUGGUGCUGGUCACGGUGGUCAGCCUGUGUAUCAGCACCAUGCCAGACCUCCGAGACGAAGAGACGAGGGGCGAGUGUUCCCAGAAGUGUCACAGCAUGUUUGUGGUGGAGUCCAUUUGUGUAGCCUGGUUCACUUUUGAAUUUGUGCUGCGAUUUAUAAAUGCCCAGAGUAAGCUGGCCUUUGCUCGUGGUCCCCUCAACAUCAUUGACGCCGUCGCCAUCCUGCCAUACUACGUGUCGCUGGUGGUGGAUGUCAGAGAUGAGUCCCAGGACGAAAUGGUCAUGGGUGCCGGCAGAGGCUACCUGGACAAAUUGAGUCUCAUUCUUCGCUUGCUGCGCGCGCUGCGCAUCCUUUACGUUAUGCGGCUUGCCCGUCACUCCCUGGGUUUACAAACACUGGGCCUGACUAUGCAGCGCAGCAUGAGGGAGUUUGGCCUACUGCUGCUAUUUGUCUGCGUGGCCGUGACUCUCUUUUCACCAUUGGUCCAUCUUGCAGAAAGCGAACUGGCGCCGUAUGCCGCUACCCAUCCGCAAAACAGCUUCAGCAGCAUCCCGGCGACUUACUGGUGGGCAAUCAUCUCUAUGACAACUGUUGGUUAUGGAGACAUGGUCCCCCGCAGCAUCCCCGGACAGAUGGUGGCACUGACUAGUAUCCUGAGUGGAAUACUCAUCAUGGCGUUCCCCGCCACUUCCAUCUUCCAUACCUUCUCCCGCUCCUAUCAGGAGCUGAAGCAGGAGUACGAACGGCUUUGGAAGGAGGAAAGAGGAGAAGAAAUAGCAGCAGAGUCAGAAGAGAUGUGCUCCAAGGUUGAGUUGACGUCAAUUGAGCUCACAUCUCUAUCUCGAUUCGACAAUUUGCAACUCGUGGCAGAGAGAGAGGAUCAUUCUACUCUUCCGACGACAGUUUUCUAACAGAACAGUCACCUUGGAAAUGCAUGCACGGGGAAAAAAAAAAACAUUCUGUUGACAGCUUCACUACCAAGCUGGUGUUUGGACAAUUAAUUCUUCUUUCUUUCACUUCCCUUGUGAAAAACUAUAGAAGAUUGAACAACAUAAGAGUAGAUCAACAAGCAACUGGUGUCACUUCUUGAAUUAUGAUUGAAUUAACUGUAUGCCAUUUUUUGGGGGGGGGGGUGGGGGAGUCUGAUAAAAUCGCUGCUUUGUCAUCUUAUAGUAUGUCUUGUGCGACAGCCUGUAGUUGCCUAUUGCUUUCGGAACAAUUAAAUCAUGUGUACACCCGAAAUUAAGGAGUAUCAUGUUGAUGUUUGGUAAAGUGUGUUUGCAAGGUUGUGCACACUAUGUCAACAAAGGUCUGCGUACGUCUCUUAAUCUAUGAAUGACCCAUUUAGGAUUGGUUUCAACCUUUUUAAAAACUUUUCAACAUUCAUACAGACAUUUGAAUCAACUGCAUGUAGAUGUGAAAGAAUGUAUAGAGCCAUCAUCUCAAACUCAUGAAACACAUAUGGGAUGGGUUAGAGCAGAGAUAAGGAGAAUAAUUUAAAUUUAAAAAAUGUAUAUUUUAUAUUACUACAGCUUGAUAAAGGUCAAAUGCAGUCAUUGGGUGGCUGCCCCUAGACGUCAUCCAAAUUCUGACUUUCAUCUCCUGAGAUGCUUUGCCAGCCCUUGACUGCAGCCACCUUUACAUGCUGCUUUUUUUGUGGAUCUUUAAAGGUUCCAUUUUUGUGGGAAACUUGCAUAGAGAUUUUAGAUUUUUACAACUAACCUUUGGCCUCUAAAAUUACAAGGGCUUCUCAAAUUGUUGGCCAUUACCCUCCACACAUUUAUGUGUACAGCAAACUACUGCUCGGGUAACGUCGGCCCAAGUGUCCAAUGGGAUUGCUGCAUAUGCAUUUUCACGUGUUCAACCCCCCCCACCCCCAGGAGAAGGAUUUUGUGCAUCACAGGAAAAGGACUACACUGGUUGCCCCGAGGCAAGAAAUUGAAAAUGCAUGCGCAGCAAUCCCACUGGACAAAUUGCAGUGGUACCAUGAGAUGGAAAACCUGAAACAAAGAUAAAUAGCAAAUCCAGCAGAGAGCAGUGAACUUUGUCGAACUUGAUUUGACCGGAUGUUUAUAUGUCAGCACUUGACAUGGAAGUGCUGCAGGCACAAAGUCGACCAGCUCGAGGCAGUGGAAUUUCACACUACUUUGCUUCUCUAUACAGUAUAUUGCAUUGAGUAGGAACUACUGCGAAUGUCAAUUUUUUAAGGAGUUAAAUAUUUGUCCACCAGAAACUGGAAAUAUGUCACACAAUUGGCAUUACAGGUAUAAUUACAUCCUAUUUACCAAUGUAAAAAUAGGUAUCAAUAUAUUUCAAAUGGUCGUGAUCCCGUCUACGUCACGGGAGUUACGUUCCAGACUACAGCUGCAAUAAGUGAAAUCCGCGAUAUAGAAAUACCCUUUUUAAAUACUUCCGAGGCAUUUAUUUAUAGAAUUGAUGGAAUGUAAUUAAUUUUAAGCUCUUUAAACAGUACAAACACAUUCAAAAAUAUAUUGAAUGACAUCACAAACACGGAUAUUUGAUAAACAGCGUUACUGUGUACCAGUACAGUAUGUACAGUACAUAACUAAUCAUGCCCAAAGAUGUCCAUUAGAAAAUGAACCGACAAAUGUCACUCUGUGUUGGCGUGAAAAGCACGAAGGAAGACAAAUAAUCUUGAGCAAAACACAAGGCUGAGCUGAAACGCUUCCUGCUUUCAUUCCUUUUUUUAAAUUGUACCGUCAUACAAAAUAGUGUGCCGCCAUUUAGUGGUCGACAGUGGAAGUUCCGCCAAAAUAAACGAGAGGCAGAACAAAGUACGGUAGUUAUAAACUUUAC